AAAUGCCUGGCAACCAAGUUCGAGAUGGUUUGGCGGCGCUGCAAAAGGUCAUGAGGUACCAUCGCAUGUCAACAUAAGAUCUCGGUGAAUCAUUCUGAGACUUAAGAGGCCAGAGAUAGUACCAAGCGUAUGCAAGCGCAUCGUCCUCCGAGUGAUUAUCUGCUGGGCAACCGCAGGGACGUGAUGGCCACGUCAGCUAUAUCUAUGGCGACCUUGGAAUUCGGAUGGUCUGUGACCGAGAUGGCGCUAGUCAGUGCUAGGGACUGGACCGGGAACUGGGAACCAACGGUCUCCGCAAGACGCUCUGGAUGCAGCACUCCAUACGGAGGACAUGGAGAGCAGCCGUUAGCAGGAACAGGGAGAUACGCAAGGGAGUGGAUCAAACUCUGCUGGUCACACGAUCGGGAUUGGGCCCAUUGCAGUUUAGGCGGUUUAGCCCUGAAGCUCAAUGCAAAUCUGGAGUCUGGACUGAUCUGGCCGCACAGACCAGCGGGUCUGGAACCGGGGAACCGGGGUAUUUGCUCUCUAUAGAAUUGUUUAUCUGAGACCGCAGUUCCAAG